UCGGACAGUAUGUACAGAAACAGUAUAUAUCGAUAACUAGGUGACAAAAUGUCCGAUUCAUCAGACGCAGAAAACGAAAUCGUCGAGAAAACUUUGAAAAAUGUGGAAUUCAUACAAACUAUGAUAGAUAGCACUGCCAAACUGCUACUAGGUUUACGAAAUGAAUGUGCAGCCACAAAUGAUUUAACACAGAAUGAAAUAAGAGAGCAAGAAAGUAAGUUGCUGAAGCUGUUUAGUAAACAGUUAGUACAGACAACAAAGGUAGAUCCAGAGAACACACAGGAGAAAUUGUCUGGCUAUCCUAAAACUGACCAAUGGCUGACGGUGGUGGGCCUCCCAGAAAAUGCCGUACAGGAGAUUCUCAAAAGGGACAUCAAGCUGGGGAUGUUACUGCAAAUGUCUGAGGAUGAGGUACAAAGCUUGCUCCAGCGAUUUAAUACCGCAGAGGAGGACAUCACCAAGCUCAACACAGCCCUCAGAAACCUCAAAUUAUGGACAGGUCGUGAACAGCAUGGAGGUCUGGCUGAUAGCGAUAUUGAACUUCACUGGACGCAGUACCGGUCACCUUCCAGUAGCCCGUACAACAGUUCCCCAAACAACCCCUCAUCAGGCCGUCCCUCCACUUCAUCUGAGAACUCUCAACUCCUCCCCACUCCACCUCACAGCACCCCCUCAUCACCCUCACCGGUCCACCAGGAACGCCAGUACAGAAUUACCCCUCCAGCCACGCCCCCAACAGUUAGACCACUACCACAAAAUUCACUGAUCCCCAGUACCCCACCCAGCAGGAUCAAAGUCAAAAGUCCCCCCACCACCGUCCCCAUGACAACAAGCAAGUCCUACACCAAUCUACAUACCAACCUCCACAUCAAAGUGGUGGAUGUAGAUGGAAUCAACAAAUACGAUGGAAUCAACAAAUUUAACAAACACUUAAUUACUAGACCGUCCCAUCCGCCUCUGAUUAAGUCCUAUUCGGAAGAGAGAAGGAAAAGACCAGAUCUGACGCUGGACAACACACACGUGGUCAGAAGGCCGUCCAAUGAGGACCCCCACCCAUCACCCUCACAGACCUCCCCCUCAUACCUAGAUACUAACCUCAGUAUUCCUCGGUCUCCUAAAUUUGUUCACAGAUUUAAGAAAGGCUACAUAAUGAGUGGUACCUGUGAAGUCUGUUCAAAGCAGAUUUACUUCAUGGGAAAGACCUGUAAAAUUUGCAAAUUUAAGUGUCACAGAGACUGUACGAGUCGUGCACCAUCACAGUGCUUACCAGAUUUCUAUUCCUUAGACCAUAAACACAGGGACGGUUCACCCAGUCCAAGUGCAGAAAGAAAUGGCAUUCAUUUAAAACCCCAUAAGAACAGUUCAGCGCCCGCUUUCCACAACACAGAUUCCGGUUCAAAUCCCUCCUCUUGUAAUUCUUCCACCCCCUCCUCCCCUGCCACAAUGAGGUAUACCCCCUCCCCCGCUAACACACAGGACUACUCCACAACCUUUGUUUACCCAGAGAUUGUAAAAUCCAGUGCUGAUGGAGAAGUCUUUGUAGGAAAAGAAUCUUCUGUGUCCAGUCGGAGGUCAGUGUCCAGCAUAAAAGACGUUGUUGGUACUAAUACAUCAGAUGAUAGCAACAAAACUUUAGUUGAUAGCAAUGCGUCCGAGAAGACUCUUGAGAGAGAGGAUUCUAUGGACAGUCAGGAUGGCAUUAUUCACCACUGGGAUCGCGGCAACAGUCUUUCUGUAACGUUAAAAGAAUGGGAUAUCCCAUUUGAACAGUUAAAUUUAAUGGAUAAAAUUGGAACAGGUCGAUUUGGAACAGUAUACAAGGGUACAUGGCAUGGUCAAGUAGCCAUUAAAAUGUUACAUAUGGACCCUGACUCUGAUAACAACCAAGCUCAGCUCUCAGCAUUUAAACUUGAGGUGGCAAUGUUGAAGAACACAAGGCAUGAAAACCUGUUACUGUUUAUGGGUGCUUGUAUGAAACCACCCCAGCUUGCCAUAGUUACCAGUUACUGCAGUGGUCAAACACUCUAUACCUAUGUCCGGACGAAUGCUCGGGAAAAAUUCAACAUGAACAAAACAAUUCUGAUAGCUCAACAAAUAGCACAGGGCAUGGGUUAUCUACAUGCAAGAGGAAUAAUCCAUAAAGACUUAAAAACAAAGAACAUUUUCUUGGAAAAUGGCAAAGUUGUAAUUACAGAUUUUGGAUUAUUUAGUGUCACCAAAAUAUGCCAUGGCAACAGGAAGGGUGACUGCCUCCACAUUUCCCCGGGCUGGUUGUGUUACCUCUCCCCUGAGGUCAUCAGGUGUCUUCAUUCCGGGAGAUCCAAAGUGGACCUACCAUUCUCUGAAAAGUCCGAUGUUUACGCAUUUGGCACAAUUUGGUAUGAGCUGCUAGUAGGUGAUUGGCCUUUCAGAAACUUAGCACCAGAGUGCAUCAUAUGGCAAGUAGGGAGAGGGAUCAAACAAUCUCUGGGGAGUGUGAUGGCAUCAAAAGAGGUCAAGGAUGUUCUGAUGAUCUGUUGGACGUACCAGCCGGACGACAGACCACAAUUUAAGCACCUCCUGAAGGCGAUAGAGAGGCUCCCAAAGAAACGUCUGGUGCGGAGCCCCUCCCAUCCUGUCCACCUGUCUCGGAGCGUGGACUCUGUGUUCACCGCCUAAUCACUCAUCUGGAACCACGUCUUUCUUAUACUGUGAUAAUUAAUAUCUGACACAGUCUAGUAGUUAUCCAGGUCAUCAGGUUCAAAAAGACACAGGAGGAAUUCCAAAAGAAAGUUUAUUAAUUAAUUCUUGUACCCAAUCUAAAUAUGACCAAACUUUUUUUUCUCCCAAAUGUGGUCCUUUUUCAUGCCUGAUGUUCUAUAAAGAUAAAGAAUGUGAAUCAAGCACAACUUGUAGGGACAUGACAGAUAUGGACUCCUAAGUGCUUUUAUUUUGUGUAUGUUCAAUGAUUGUUAUUUAUUUAAUUCAUGCUUUUCACCCUCAUCCGAUUCCAUUCCAGAGUUGUGUGAGAAAAGUGUGCAUUUUACAUGUGAAAAAUGCUCAAAGUAAAUAUAACAGAUGUUGAUUUAAAUUUUUAAUUGAAUUGUAAUAUUUUUUUGAAAAGGUUUCACCCUUUUACUCUGUCCAAAUAUGAGGUUCUUUUUUUCCAAAUCCUUUGUUGCUGCUUUUUUUUUUAUUAGAAACUUUGUUAUACAUGUAUGUAAAACAAAAAUUUUAGUUUAUUUUUCAAACUUAAAAUAUUUAUUUUGUAUUAUGACAAGGAUGAACAUGUGGACAUGAGAGAAUGAAAGUGCUUUACAAUGACAUUCCUUAAUUUUCAUACGACACUGCUCUUCCAAAGAGCAUGUCUGCAGAACAUUUAAAACCUUUAUGCAAAUGUGAUAUAUUGCGCCAUGACCAUUAAUUAGCAAUGUAUAGGGAGUGGUAGAUAAUUCUGAAUGACUUCACGAUGUGCAUUUUUAUCAUUAUAAUGUAGACCUACCAUUCAUUCUUCUCUAGGGUCAGUAGUCUUAUAGAAAUCACCAUGGAAACAUUUUUAUAUUAUUAUAUGUAGACACUGGAUAAAGCAUAAUGACUGUGUUAUUAUUUAUUACCAUAUAGUUUAUUAUUUGUACAUAUCAUUUUUCUUAUUUUUUAUCCUAAGAUAAAUGUAUUUUAAUUUCUUUCUUUUUUUAACAAAUUCAAAAUAUUGACCGCAAAAUUCAGUAAGCCAUCUUAUUCAACAUCAUCCUUCAUGAAACAGAGUAAAAAAGUUCAAUGUUCACCCUGGGUUAAAAAAAAUUGGAAACGGGGCUUGCCAGUCUGCCUAUAUCAAUAAGCGUAACUUGUUUGCAAGAAUAGAAAUAAACAUAUAAAUUGUGCAUCUACCAAAGGGAAAUAUUUCGAAGGCAUUACUGGAGGGGAGAAUAUCAUUGUAGAAAAUGGAUUUAUGCAUCAGUGAUUUAUGCUUAAUUGCAAAUAUCUAUGUACAGAUAUAUUACAUAGAAAAUUGGAAAAGGGGCUAUUACAGUAAUGCAGUUAAAUUGAUACAUGUAUUAUAGACAGUCAGAUCUUAGCUACCAUUGACAUUGCAGAUUUCAAAGUCUUGUGGAUUUUGGAAUUUAAGAACUGGUUAAAUGUCCUUUUUUUUUUUAUUAUACAUGUAUUGAACUUUGUAUUUCUGAUUAUCUGAAGGAUGGUGACUGAAAUUAAAUUUUUAGCUACAUAUAGGAAUGUCUAGAUAGCUCACCAGUUGACUGUUUUCCUUGCGACAGCAAAGCAAUGCUUUACUUUGUCCGUCAUCGUCAUUAUUUAUGCAUGUAGUGUUUCAUAACUUUGUACCCAUCAUGCAAUAUCAGACUUGUCUGGGCAUGUGUGAUUGAAGAUACCUCCAUGUUGAUUUAUAUGUCUGUGGGAGAUUGAUAGGGGGGGUGGGUGGAGGGGGGGUCCUAUUCCAGUAGCUGCUUUUUCUCAACAUUGAUAGGAAUGAAGAGUGCACACUUAAAAGCAUGCUGUGAUACCUCAUAUAAGUAGAGGAAUAGAGUGUGUGUGUCAUGUGCAUCUACAAUCAUUUACAUCUUUGUUACAAUGGACUUAAAAAUUGAAUAAUGGAUUGAUAUGUUGAGAUGUUAUUAAAUGUCUGAGUAUAGAAGUUUUAGUAUGAGAGGACACUUUAUAGUAAUCAUUGAAUCAAUCUGUUGGCACAAUUAUUUGACAUGAUACAGUAAAACUUGGUUACAAUGGUUAAGUCCUGGGGACCUGUGAAUUUACUUAACUCUAACUGUAAUAAAUUUGUUAAACUUGCAAUUUACAUGUUUCUCUCUAGUAUGACUCAAAUUUGUCCAGAGAACUAUCAAAUAAAAAAAAAAUUAUUUUGGAUUAAUAUACAAGUUUUCUGAUAAGUUAAAAUGAAAUGAAAGUCAAAUGUAAAAACUAUGAAAGUGUGUACCAGAUGCAGAUCACAUUUUCACUACACAUUCAAAAGUCGAGAAAUUUUUAGGCUAUUUUAUUAUGUGUGUGUGUCACUCUACUGGUCUGUAUGACUUUGUCAGUCAUUUAAGUCUUAGUUACAUCUUUUUAUUAUUCAAUUAUAGACUGGGCAUUACUCUUCUACACUUUAUUCUACAGUAUUCCUCAUAUUGAAAUGUCAACACUAUUGUUUGAAAUCUUGUAUUUUUAAACCAAAUUUUGAUGUCGCUGUUAUGCCAUGAUUUUAAAAAAAAUGGUCUAAAGUGAAAAAUACGUUUUAGAACAAAUGCUUGUAAGAAAAUUUCCAGUAUUAACAGUAUUAAUUGUUGAGAUAUUAAAAACAUUAACAAGUCAAAGUAACUUUAUAUUUAGUACAGAUAAAAUUCCCGAUUCUCAUGAGUAUUUGAUCUCAAAUUUUUUAUUAAGAUCUUCAUGACGGAUAUUUUUUUAAAUUAAAAUAUUCAUGAACAAUUGAUGUCUGUUGUAAAAAUGUAGUGUAUACACAAUCGCAACAUUAUUUUUCUCUGUCUGCAUUGAAAAAAAGUUUAAACUACUCUUAGUAUGGUAUUUCACACAAAAUUACAUACAGUAAUUAAAGUGAAAUGACUUGUAUCUGCCAUGGUAAAUCUGAGUCUCUGAAUGUGACGAAAUAUUUCCCACAUUAUAUGUGCUAUUAUUGUGAGCAUGACUGUGAGUUUUCUGACCAUUGUUGAUUCUUUAUUUCUAUGUGCAAUAUGCCACGUGUACAGAAAGUGAUGAAAAUAAAAAAAAAUCUGUUUGAUAAA